UCUAUACGUGCGAAUAGCUGAGCUCGAGCUUGUACGCGGAUCAAGAUGCCUAAGUUUUACUGCGAUUACUGUGAUGUCUAUCUCACACACGACUCCGCUUCAGUAAGAAAGGCACACAAUACCGGUCGCAACCACCUUAACAACGUCCGCGACUACUACCAAGAGAUCGGCCAUGAAAAAGCCCAACAAGUAAUCGACUCCAUCACAUCCUCAUACGAACAAUCCGGUCUCCCUGGUCUACCGCCAUUCCCAAUGCCAGGAAUGCCUAUGCCAGGAGGGUUACCAUUUCCUCCACCACCAGGAGGUUUACCUUUCCCGCCCCCAGGAGCACCCGGAGCACUACCCUUCCCGCCGCCUGGAGGAUUACCAUUUCCGCCGCCUGGUGCGCCAGGCGCAUUGCCUUUCCCUCCACCGGGAGCACCAGGGGCUUUGCCCUUUCCGCCGCCGGCGGGCAUGCCGUUACCUGGGAUGCUUGGAAUGCCAGGGAUCCCGGGAAUGGUUGCGCCGCCGGGGAUGCCAGCGAUGUCAAGUGCGCCGGGGUUCGGAGCGCCUCCAGGUGUGGGUAGGGCGCCGGGAGCUUGAGUUGCUGUGAUGAAACGUGUUUUGUGAGUUAAAGAUAUCCGGUUUGUCGGAAGUGCAGGAGUGCUUGAGGAGGUCAGAGAAGUUGGUUGGUUUAGGAAGUUCAAGUGAACACGGUACUUUCGAGAGGUGCCUCCGGUGCUAUGAGCAUAAUAUUUGGAACGGAAGCCCAGAAGGAGGUCGUUCUCUCGUUAAAAGGUUUGGAAGACGAUUGAAAUUGGGCGCGGU